AUGAAAUCGUUCAUACAAUACUCUCCAGACUCUGAUUUUCCUAUUGAAAAUCUACCCUAUGGCGUCUUCACAUCUCCUAAUAAUAUCGAGAAACACAUUGGCGUGGCGAUCGGAGAAUUGAUUCUUGAUCUGAAUGUGAUCUCCCAUCUAUUUGAUGGACCUCUGUUGAAAUCUAAACAGAAUGUUUUUAAGGAGGAGAAACUCAAUGGCUUCAUGGCCCUCACGCGGCCACACUGGCAGGAAGCGAGGGCCACCAUACAGAAACUGCUGGAUGCUGCAAACCCUACACUACAGAACGACAGUGAUCUAAGACAAAGAGCGUUCGUGAAACAGAGCGAUGCACAGAUGCACGUUCCCGCUGAGAUCGGCGACUACACCGACUUCUACUCCUCGCUGCAUCACGCCACCAACGUCGGCAUCAUGUUCCGGGGGAAGGAUAACGCGCUGUUCCCUAAUUGGAAGCAGCUUCCAGUCGGUUACCACGGCCGCAGCAGUUCUAUCGUCAUUUCUGGAACUCCCAUCGCAAGACCAUACGGACAAACUUUACCCGUUGAAGGCGCCGCCCCACACUUCGGUCCCUCUCGUCUAAUGGACUUCGAGUUAGAGAUGGCCGCCUUCGUCGGCGGACCUCCCACCGCACUCGGACAGAGGGUCACCGCCAAGGAGGCCGAGGAUCGCAUCUUUGGACUUGUACUUAUGAAUGACUGGAGUGCUCGUGACAUUCAGAAAUGGGAGUACAUUCCCCUGGGUCCCUUCACGGCCAAGAACCUGGGCACCACCAUAUCGCCAUGGAUCGUCACCAUCGAAGCUCUGCGGCCCUACGUAGUGGACAACUUCCCUCAGGACCCAACACCAUUCGCGUACUUACGUCAUGAUGAUAAAUUUAACUUCGAUAUCAAGUUGGAGGUCGAUUUGAAGCCGGAGAACUACCCAGCAGCCACAACCAUCUGCCGGUCGAACUAUCGGUUCCUGUAUUGGACGGUGAAGCAACAACUGGCGCAACAGACCGUCACUGGGUGCAACCUCAGGCCUGGAGACUUGCUGGGCUCCGGAACUAUUAGUGGAGAGGCAUCAGACUCCUUCGGUAGCAUGUUAGAACUAUCCUGGAAAGGUACAAAGCCGCUGCGACUUCUGUCAGGCGAAGAAAGGAAGUUCAUCCAAGAUGGAGACACCGUCAUACUUCGAGGAUACUGCGUCAAUGAAAAUGGAGCCAGAAUCGGUUUCGGAAAAUGCGAGGGAAAACUCCUCCCUGCCAUACCUUUUGAUGAUUGA